AAAUUCCCAGCGUUCUCAGACGGAUACGGUUAGCAAACAUGGAGGCACCGAGCUAACGAGGGUAACCGUCAACCGAAGAGCGGUCUAAUAGUUGUAUGAGAAUAUUUUAACGUCGCGGGGCGACAUGCUGUGACUGACCGGUGUCCUCCAGUUGCUGAAGCAGCGAUGUUGCCCUCCACCAGCAGCCUGGUCCGGGCUGCUGUCAGACUGCUGCCCCGGAGGAGCUGCAGCCGAGGGCAGCCCGGAUGUGUCCGGUGCCCGUGCAGAAACAUUUCUGUGAAACCAGGAGGUUUUAAGCCAAAGACAGUUCCACCUCGGUACCUGGGCCAGCCCAGCCCCUUCUCUCAUCCACACCUCAUCAAACAUGGUGAGGUGACCCCAGGCUUGACCCAGACAGAGUAUGAGCUCCGCAGACACAGGCUGGCCUCACUUAUCGAGGCCCAGUCAGAAAGACUGGGACCCUCUGCUUCCUCUAGCAACCAUGUGGUCAUUGUGUUGUCCCAUCCGACCCGCUACAUGACCAAUGACAUCCCUUAUCCCUUCCACCAGAACCAGGAUUUCCUCUACCUCAGUGGCAUCCUCGAGCCUGACAGUGCCUUGGUUCUUCAUGGGAAAGGAAGACCAGAAGAGGCCAUCUUGUUCGUCCCCCGCAGAGACCCAGGGAGAGAGCUGUGGGACGGGCCCCGGUCAGGGAAGGACGGGGCAGCUGCUUUGACUGGCAUAGAGAGAGUUCAUAGUAUAGAAGAGCUGGGGCUUGUGCUAAAGAGCCUUAAAGGCACUACGUUGUGGUACGACAGUUCUCAGCCCGCCCACCCUCGGCUCCACCAGGCUCAUGUGGCUCCUAUGCUGGAGUCAGGUCCAAUGCCACACACUCUCAGGCCCCUCAUACACUCUCUAAGGGCCCUCAAGAGCUCAGCAGAGGUGGCACUCAUGCAAGAAGCCGGUCACAUCGCAGCACAGGCUUUUAAGAGGACAAUGGCUCUGUCUCAAGGAGAAGUGGAUGAAGCUGUGCUCUUUGCUAAGUUUGAUUUUGAAAACCGGAUCCAUGGCGCCAACUUCCUGGCCUAUCCUCCUGUGGUUGCUGGAGGAAAUCGAGCCAAUACUCUGCACUACAUAAACAACAACCAGAUUAUCAAGGACGGUGAAAUGGUGCUGCUUGAUGGUGGAUGUGAAUACUUUGGUUACGUUAGUGAUAUCACUCGAACAUGGCCAGUGAAUGGAAAAUUCAGCCCUGCCCAGGCUGAGCUGUAUGAGGCCGUCCUGGAGGUCCAGCGCUCCUGUUUGUCCCUGUGCUCCCCGGGCGUCAGUCUGGACCACAUCUACAGUACCAUGCUGGCUCUGCUGGGACAACAGCUCAGGCGGCUAGGCAUCCUCAAGUCCUGCACCAGUGAUGCUGAUGCAGUAAAGGCUGCAAGGCGGUUCUGUCCGCACCACGUUGGCCAUUACCUGGGCAUGGACGUCCACGACACUCCUGAGUUGUCCCGCUCACAACCUCUGCAGCCAGGAAUGGCCAUCACUAUAGAGCCAGGGUUGUACAUCUGCGAGGACAAUGACCACGUGCCCGAGCGUUUCCGUGGCCUGGGCAUCAGGAUUGAGGAUGAUGUGGUGAUCCAAGACAAGGGAGGCCCUCUGAUUCUGUCCGCUGGUGCACCAAAGACCAUCGCUGAUGUAGAGAAGGCCUGUGCCCAGAGAUAGGACAGAGAGAGGCAAGACAAGUGACCAAGAAAGCCACGGCAUCCAUGAUGGGCGGUGUUUGGCUGUGUUUUUUCAACCGUCUACAUGGUGGUGACAUCAUCAGGCUCAGGGCCCAGGUACACGAGAGGUGGGAGCACACUGCAAGACUCUGGUUUCAGUCUCGGCAAGGCCUCAAAAAUGUAGAAAUCUUGUGUGGAGGAUCAUUGUAUUCUACCUAAAUGUUUGAAGAAAUCUGUUCCAUGUUUGUAGUCCUCAAUGGUGAAUGAGUAUGAAGAGUGGCUGCAGCAAAACCACAUGGAGACCAAUCUUGAUCCUGUACAAUACAUCCAUCUAGUGUUGUGUUGGUGCUAUCAGCAGGUAAAAUCCGACGCUGAACUAUAAAUAAAAACCAAGGGACAACAGUUAACCUCUUGCAACAAGACCCAGUGUUUCGAUCCGACAACCAUGGAAGCAUUUUUAUUCUUAAAACCUUUUCUCUCCACACCGUGUUUAUCAGAAAUGCCAUAAUGCCACAUCAGAUAUAAGUGUUUAUUUGUUGUCUUACUAAAAAAAAAAAGGCCACAUACAUACAAUACCAGUCAAAAGUUUGGACACACCUUCUAAAUCAGUGUUGUUUUUUUAAUUAUAUUUUCUUCAUUGUAGAUUAAUAUUAUAGACAUCAAAACUAUGAUGGAACACGUGGAAUUAUGUAGUAAACAAGAAAGGGUUAAACAAACUAGAAUAUGUUUUGUAUUUUUGUUUAUUCAGAGUAGCCACCUUUUGCUUUGAUGUUCAUAAAAAACAUGUUAAGAAGGCAAGAAAUUCCACAAAUUAACUCUUGACAAGGUUCACCUGUUAACUGAAAACCAUCCAGGUGAACAGCUCAUGAAUCUGACAGAGAGAAUAGAAACAGAAGUGUGCAAAGCUGUCAUCAAAGCAAAAGGUGGCUACUUCGAAAAUCUAAAAUCUAUAUCAUAUUCUGGUUUGUUUAACACUUUUUUUACUACAGAAUUCCAGUUGUGUUCUUUUAUAGUUUGAUGUCUUCAGUAUUGACAAUUUUGAAAAUAAUAAUAAAAAGAAACAUUGAAUGAGAAGGUGUGUCCAACUUUUGACUGUACUGUACAUUCAUUUGUAUUUUACACACACACAUUGUUCUUUCCUGGCUUCUGCUACAGUACAAAAUACCACAUUAACAUCACGCACCAUGUAAAUGCAAACAAGUGAUGAAUAAAGCUGAACUUGUCUUUACCAGCUGCUCCUGAUCAACCUGGAAUAAUGGUAAUAAUUACACCAAUACACUGAAA